GAAAAUGGAUGAGCCUCCAGAUGAAUCCUUGAACCAUGAAAACACAACCCAAAUCCCAAAUAACGAGAAGAACAACAUAGAAGGAGCAGGCCAGGCCCUUCACAGAGGUUCUGAACAUGCUGGGGUUGGAUCAUCUGAGCCAACUGGUGACAAGGUAUCCGGCCAAGCCAACGCAGGUUCUAGACAGACUGGCCGAAGAACUUCUGAAGAGGCAGAACAAAGAUCUCCUCAGUCAACCGAGCACAGAUUGCCUGGCCAUGCAGAGAGGAGAGCAUCUCUGCAGGCGGAGCGCAGACUCUCUGAGAGGAGAACUUCACAGCCACCAAAUCCACAACUCCCCAGCCUCUCAGAGAGGAAAGCCUCCGGGAAGACAGAUGGUCAAGGAUCUUUGCCGUCUGAGCAGACUGAAACUUUGGAGCUUGAUGACUUGAUUCCAUCAGCCAGUGCUAACUAUUUAUCAGGAAGGAGUCAACAACAAGAAUACAACCAACGUGGUUACUGGACUGAAGACUCUAGUGAUCAAUACAGGCUUACUGAGGAUAUAGAAAAGGACUAUGCCCAAGUUAGACACACAACAGAAAAACAGGCUGGCUACCGCUCGUACUACAAAACACUUGCCCACAUUGAGAGCCGAUCACUCACUGAUACCCACGACAACAGAGAAGCUGACCAGAGAGUACAGCCUUGCACAUUUGAAGAUAGUGAAGCAGAGCUCCCAUCCAAAGUUUCAACUACAGAGGAAACAGAAAGUGCCACCACUCUCCAAGCCUACAACACACAAGAUACUGAAUUAACUACCGACACCUCCCAUGAAAAACUUCCCUCCAUCACAACUAAAGUGUACUAUUUAUCCAGUCCAGAAAAACUUCAAACCACAGAAUACUCUUCCGAUAUCUCUCCAGAAUUUGAGCAAAGAAGUUCUCAAGGAUCCAGCCAGAGUUACAGAUGGCGGUUCCCCCCAAUCGUUUUUGAAGACCCCUAUCAUGCUGCACUCCGCUAUAUGGAGAAGCACAACAUCCUACAGAUAUUCCAGCAGAUCACUGAAAACCUAGUCUACGAAAGGCCAGAUGACCCGCUGUAUUUCAUGCUAGACCAGGUACAGGACAUGAUCAAAUACAGAGAUGAGAGGCUAAGUGACUGAAGACAGACAUCCCAAGCACUGCUUACUGUCUGUCAUCUGUGGCCCGACUGUACUCAACCUGCUCCCACUUGAAAAAUGUGUUUUCAGUAGGCAUUGGUGGUAACUCUGCCUAAACGUGGUCUUAAUUUUUAGGUCAGAAUAUUAUAUAGAGUUCCUUUGUAAAUUUCACAUAACAAUUAUAGACACCUGUGGAUAAUCACACAAAAUAUACACAUUAUGGCU